AUGAGGAUCGCUCAAUUGCAGCGGCCCAUAGUGGCGGCUGCUUCUAGUAUAUCGAGAGCAGCACCAGGUACCACGAUACGACAGCUACGAGACGUAUUCGGACAGCUAAGGAUAGGAGCCAAUAAUGCAGCGGUAGAAGGUCGAAGAAAUGCUGCUGUCAAGUCGCAGGGAGCAUACAAGUUACGAGACUCGAGCACGAUUCCGAAGAAGCUGGGCGCGAAGAAGAGCGGCGACUCCUAUGUGAUUACCGGAAACAUCAUCUACAAGCAGCGUGGUACGAAGUGGUUCGCAGGUGAGAACUGUGGUAUGGGCCGAGAUCACACUAUCUUCGCCUUGACUUCGGGGUACGUAAAGUACUACCGAGAUCCCGCGCGGCACCCGAAGCGACAAUAUAUCGGAGUUGUAUUCAACAAAGAGGAUACGCUACCUUACCCCACACAUGCGAUGCGCCGUCGCCGGCUCAACAUGACCGCAGCCCCUAUCCCACCCCCGCAACCAGAGCUCGCUCUCUCCGCCUCCGGUAUCCCGACACAAGUUGUACGUCAGGGCUACGGUCGCAAGCCCCAUCCGCGUGAUGAGCGUGUGAUCAAGUUAAGGGACGACGGUAGUUAUGCCUACGCAGAAGAGAGUUGGCGUCUGGGUACACUAGUGCGUACCGAGAAGCGCAAGAUGGGUAGCCGAAGAGUAGCCAUGAAGCACCGUCGCAGACGAACAAAGGCUAUCGCUCUCGAGAUGCGGGCUGAGCGUGAGGAUAAGAUUGCGCGACGCAAGGAGGCGUUGGAUGCACAGCGCGCCGCGAAGGCGAAGCGUAUGAGGGAGUAUAGGGCUCGUAAGGCGGCGGAGGCGAAUAAGGGAUCUGGACCGGGUGGUCAGAUGCCGCCUCCGGGAGAGGGAGGGAAGACUGAUCCUCCUAGGGUAGAAGCAUAG